CGGCCUAUUAUUCAGUUUAUUUUUUCGUAUGUGAUAGAUCGGAGGGAGGAAGGGAGGAUAUAGAGGGGCGGUCAAGCGAUGACGUGAGGAUUCGCAAGUUGCCACGACAGUAUCGAGUACUGUAUUUAGACAAUAUUUAGACAGUAUUCGAACAAUUAUCUUGGCAAAUGGCUAUUGAAUAAUAUCUGGACCAGCCAGCAGUCAACCACGUGAAUGAAGAUCGAGAAUGGAGAUGGGAUGACGGUUGAUGGUAAAAACAGAGUUGAGCUCCGCCGCAAUCAGCCAAUGGGAGAUCCGCCGAUACCGUCCACCGGACCCUGGAAAAACCUAGGCCAUCAUCAUCAUCAUCACAACGACCUCAAUCAAACUGACGCUCAAUUAAAACCGCAAUAGCGGCACACCAUCAUCCAAAAUGACCACCCUCUCCCGCCGCACAGUCUCCAUCUCCCGCAUCACCAACGAGACCAAAAUCCAAGUCUCGCUGUCCCUAGACGGUGGCGCGCUUCUCCCCUUCGAAGAAAGUGACCAUUUCACCGCAGAGUCUGGCGAAGAUGCAGCCGCCGCAAAAAGAGGCGUCUUGCCCAUCAAGAACGCCCCGCACGCUACCCAGUUCACAGCCACUCAGCAGAUAACGAUAAGCACGGGCAUUGGAUUCUUGGACCACAUGCUGCAUGCGCUGGCGAAGCAUUCGGGGUGGAGUUUGGCGGUUCGGGCGCGGGGGGAUUUGUACAUUGACGAUCACCACACCACCGAAGACACCUUCCUCGCACUCGGCACGGCAUUCACAAACGCCCUUGGGGCGCGCGCCUCCCUGGCCCGCUUUGGCCGCGGCGAUGCGCCUCUUGACGAAGCCCUUUCGUGGGCUGUCAUCGAUCUCUCAAACCGGCCGUACGCCGUGAUCGAUUUGGGAUUCAAGCGCGAGAAGAUUGGCGAUUUGAGCACGGAGAUGAUUACGCAUGGGCUAGAGAGUUUUGCGCAGGCGGCUGGCGUGACCCUGCAUGUGGGCUGUUCGUAUGGCUCGAAUGAUCAUCAUCGUGCCGAGAGUGCGUUUAAGGCUUUGGCUGUGGCGGUGAGGACGGCGUGUGCGAGGAGGGUGGCUGGGGAGGUUGGGGCGGGGGAUAUUGUGAGCACGAAGGGGGUUUUGUAAUAAUCAAAAACGACUAGAUAUGGAUUGUCUACUAUAAAAUAUGACGCUAACAAUGUAUAAAUAAG